AUGGCUCCUCAUAAGUAUUAAUGUUAUAGGAAGCUUUGUCUUGAAUGCCUUUUUGAACAUGAAGUGGAUAUCAAGCAAACAGUUCCUCUUAAAAAAUUUCAAGAGAUGGUAAUCAUGAGAUUAAAAGAAUAUAAAAUUGAUUAGACAUCUGAAUUAACAAAAUAGAAAAUGAAUUUUAAAUUGAUUCUUUCCUAAACUUAAAUUAUGUUAAUGAAAAUUUGGGAAGAAUUAUAAGAGUCAAUACAAUAAAUAUACGAUAUAAUUGAGAUUGAAGAUAAAUCAUAUAUAAAAAUCAUUAAUCACAAUAUAAAUCCAGCAGAAUUUUCAAAUACUGACUUAGAAAAAUUAGUAUAAAUUGUUGAAGGAAAAUCAUAAAAUGAUUGGAAUAAUUUGAAGAAUUCUUGAUUUGGAGAAGUUGGAAAAACUCAAGAAUUUUUUGGAUCAAAAAGUCAAGAAUUUUUGUGAAAAAUUGAAGAAAGAAUUUAAAGACAUUGUGUAAUUUAAUAAGUAUGUAUAAAUUCAUACUAUAGGAUUGAACCAAUAUCAUAAGUAAACUAAAUUGAUGGAUAGAAUUCAGCUUUAACUGAGAUUUUAGCUUCCUUAAAAGAUAUUGAUGUAUAAAAAUUAACUGUGAUCAAUAAUUAGAUGAGACGAGAAAAAAUUUCAGAUAUAGUAGGAUUUCUUUCCGUUACUUAAAAGCAAUUAGAAUAAUACUUUGGGAAGAAAAAUGCAAAAAAUGAUUUGAGAAAUAAUAUAAAGUCAAUUACAGAUGUUAUUAAAAUAUUUAAAAACAUCACUUUAAUUAAAACGAUUAUUCAAUUGAAUUUUAUAAAGAGAUUAUAAAUGAUAUCAUCAAAAAAAUAGAAAAAAAUUAUAAAAUCAUUGAAUUUUUAAAAUUCUUAGCUCAUUUAACAGCUAUAGAUAAUCUUUUUAGCUAAUGUGGAUCAAUUUCAUUAAAUUUAUUAGUUUUGA